UUGUAGGUAGUACAAGAACUGAAAAAUAAUUUUUGGUUGCCAGUAUACCUGUAGUCGUUGCACUGAUCAGUCGAUAGUUUUGUGAUAAAUUAUUUCUCAAGUGAAUUAAAUUAUUAACCAUGGGACGUGAUUCUAGAAAGGUUUCAAGAGAACUUCGGAGUUCUGAAAAAAUUAAUAAGUCGCGUUCAGUCAAAAGAAAGAAUGUUUUUAAUCCGAAAACAGCCGAACGUGAUGAAAGUAUUCAGAGUACAUCUUCUAAAAAAUUAAAACAAAACACUGAAGAUGAUGUACCUGAAGACAGCAGUACUGAAUUUCGAAUAAUAAAUUUUAUUCAGGUAUUCACUGCAAUUUCUGCUCUUAUAAAAUGUAAAAAAUGUGAUGGAAAUGUAGUGUUUCAAACAGCAAGUACACGUGGGCUGGGAUUCAAAAUUGUAGUUGCAUGUAAUAACUGUGGAAAUGAAUAUAUUCCUUCCUGUUCUUUCGUUGGGCAUUCUUAUGAAAUAAACAGACGUUUCAUUUUUGUAAUGAGAAUACUAGGAAUAGGAUACGAAGGAUUGUGCAAGUUUUGCGGCCUGAUGGACAUGCCGUCUUUUUUAGAUAAAUCUACGCAUACAAUUUUACUGAAACAGAUUUUGAAUUGUAGUAAAGCCGUCGCAGAAACCUUCAUGACGAAAGCUGUGAAUGAAGAAAAGCAAGCAAUGCCAACAACUGAAAAUGAAGAUAUAAAUCAUCUAACUGUAUCGGGAGAUGGAACCUGGCAAAAACGGGGAUAUACAUCGUCAUUUGGAGUUUCUUCUAUAAUUGGCUAUUUUACUGGAAAGAUUCUUGACAUAAACAUUAAAAGUGCAUAUUGUAAGCUAUGUGAGUAUUGGAAAAAAAAAACAAAUACUGUUGAGUUCGAGGAAUGGUAUCAAUCGCAUGAAGAUGUGUGUUCUGCUAAUCAUCAAGGGUCUUCUGGGAAAAUGGAGGUGGAUGCGAUGGUCGAAAUGUUUUCGUAUUCUGAAACUAAAUAUGGAGUUAAGUAUGCCAACUAUAUUGGUGAUGGUGACUCCAAGACCUAUUCAGGAAUUAUAAAAUCAGAUCCUUACGAAAAUACAACUGUAAAUAAAAAGGAAUGUAUAGGGCAUGUCCAAAAGCGGAUGGGGAGUCGAUUACGUACGCUGAAGAGUAAACAAAAAGGUCUUGGUGGUCGAGGUAAGCUCACAGGAAAAUUAAUAGACAAACUAACUGUGUACUAUGGUUUAGCAAUACGCCGGCAUUGUGAUUCUAUUGAAAAUAUGAAAUCUGCUAUAAUGGCAACCUUUUAUCACUACGGCUCGAGUGAUGAAAAACCGAAUCAUGAUAUGUGUCCAAAAGGCGAAGAAUCUUGGUGCUCUUACCAGCGCGCUGAAGCAAGAGGAGAGCUUGAUACCUUUUCUCACGAUUAUUCUCCUUUACCUUCUGAUGUUUUAAAAGCUAUCAAGCCUAUAUACGAAGAUCUUAGUAAUGAAAAUUUACUUUCAAGAUGUGUAGGUGGAUUCAAUCAGAAUAAUAAUGAAAGCUUUAACCAACUAGUAUGGAAAAUAUGCCCAAAAACGUCUUGAUGAAUACACUAGGACUUAAUUGUGGGCCUAAUUCUCAUCGGUAUGCAGAAAGAAUGGAUGCUGCACGUAUCAAAGUAGCAGAUAAGCGCGCUAAUGAUAACACCCGAGAAGGUCGAUUGCAACGUAGGCACCAGCAAAUCGAUAUUUUGGAAGCUGCUAUGUCGGCUGAAGAGCUAUUAUAUGGUCCAGGAAUAGAUGACUCAGUGUAAGUUAUUAAAUAAUUCUUAUAAUUCGACAUAAAUCCAUAGCAAAACUUUAAAUGCGUUUUUCUCAAAACUAUGUUUUCUGAACUGGUGAUCACUGUAACUUAAAAACUGCUCGGUAGAUUUCAAUAAAAUUUAUUGUACUUUUGAAAUACAUUAAAAACUCGUGCCUGAUCGAAGGAUUUUUUUUUUUUUUCAAAAUUUCGAUUUUUUUUUAACAAUAAACUGUCGGUUUUUUUCUCGAAAAUUUGAAAAAAAUUUCCUGAGGCCGCCAUUUUGUUAAUUUCGAAAAAAAAAAAAAAAGCUUCGAUCAGGCACAAGAUUAUCUAUUAAUAAAACUAAUUUUUCUUGUCCGAUUGAUUUUAGAUGAAUCUCCAAGGACUUAUGAUGAUCACCGCAAAGGACUUCGGGAGGAACGGGCUCUACAAAAACAGCGAUAACUUUUUGAAUUAUUAAUUUUUUUUUUUGAAAUUUUCGUGAAGUCAAAUCGAAACGUGUUCUAAUAAAGCUAUGUUUUUAUUUUUGUCAAAUAAAGUAAUUAACUACAAAAAAAAAAUUAUUGAAAAUCAUCAUUUUUUCAUACCCCUGAG